GUUCUCACAUUCAUACCAUCGGGUCACUGUCCAUCGUCCGAUCUCAGUCAAAACUCAUUCCUCUCUGGAUCGCACCAAUGGCGGCUCGGCUGCUGCUCGUUCUAGCACUCACCUCCCUGCUACUCUCCUCUCUACUCCCCUCCCGCAUUUCCUCCGCCGACGAUGAGGACGAAGAUCUGAGCUUUCUCGAGGAAUCGGAUUCAGCCGACGCAGCGCCUGCUGACCACCACCACUCCGACGGCGAGUACUCCGACAACGAUGAUGAGGAAUUUGAGAGCUACGACGAUUUCGAGGUACCGUCGGACUUCAACCACGAGGGCGAGAAUGAGGAGGAUGAAAUGCCCAAAUUCGAUGAGAAGGACGUCGUCGUUUUGACCGAUCGUAAUUUCAGCAGUUUCAUCGACGAUAAUAAGUUUGUGAUGGUGGAAUUUUACGCCCCGUGGUGUGGCCACUGCAAGGAGCUGGCGCCGGAGUUUGCGGCGGCGGCGACAGAACUGAAGGGGGAGGAUGUGAAGCUAGCCAAGGUGGACGCUACGGUGGAGAAUGGCCUGGCUGAGAACUAUGAAGUUCAGGGGUUUCCGACUGUUUACUUCUUUGUCGAUGGAGAGCAUGUAACUUAUUCUGGCCAUCGCACCAAAGAUGCUAUUGUUACCUGGAUUAGGAAGAAAAUUGGGCCUGGUAUAUCCAACAUAACAACGACAGAGGAUGCCGAGAAUAUAUUAACAUCUGAGAAUAAGGUUGUUUUGGCAUUCCUCAAUUCAUUGGUGGGUGUGGACAGUCAAGAGUUUACUGCUGCAUCAAAGCUUGAUGAUAGUGUUAACUUCUACCAAACAAUAAAUCCCAAUGUUGCCAAGAUGUUUCACUUGGAAGCUGAUGUGAACCGUCCUGCUAUGGUCCUAUUAAAGAAGGAGCCUGAGAAAGUGACCAUUUUUGAUGGGAACUUCAAAAAGUCUGAAAUACUUAAAUUUGUUUCUACCAAUAAGCUUCCACUAGUGACAACUUUCAGUAGAGAAAGUGCUCCAAUAAUAUUUGAAAGCCCGAUUAAAAAGCAGGUUUUGCUCUUUGCCUCUUCGAAUGACUCACAAGAGGUCUUUCAAACAUUCCAAGAAGCUGCAAAGCUUUUCAAGGGAAAGCUUAUAUUUGUACGGGUUGACAUUGACAAUGAAGCCGUGGGAAGGCCUGUAGCUGAUUUUUUUGGAGUGACAGAUUCACCUGCAGUUGUGGGCUUUGCAGGAGGUGAUGAUACUCAAAAGUACCCAUUUUCAGGAGAAAUUGUGCUUGAAAAGUUAAAGGAGUUUGGGAAUGAUUUCUUGGAAGACAAGCUGAAACCAAUCUAUAAAUCGGAUCCAAUUCCCGAGAGUAAUGAUGGUGAUGUGAAGAUCGUCGUUGGUAAUAACUUUGAAGAUAUUGUUCUGGAUGAAUCGAAAGAUGUCCUUCUUGAGAUUUACGCACCCUGGUGCGGCCAUUGCCAAGCCCUCGAGCCAACAUACAACAAGCUUGCCAAGCACUUGCGCAGCAUUGAAUCUCUCGUCAUAGCUAAAAUGGAUGGAACCACAAAUGAACACCCACGGGCGAAGGCCGAUGGAUUCCCAACAAUUCUCUUCUUCCCAGCCGGGAAGAAGAGCUCGGAUCCGAUACCGGUCGAGACUGAGCGUACAGUAGUGGGAUUCUACAAGUUCAUCAAGAAGCAUGCUUCAAUACCAUUUAAGCUCCAGAAACCAGCUGCAUCGCCGCCACAGCCACCACCGGAACAAGUCACCGGGGACACCAAAAGCGACAAUGUCAAGGAUGAACUAUGAAGGCUGUGUCUGUUACUUUUAUUACAGUGCUGCAGGGAAGGGAAGUUAUUUUACUAACUAGCAACAAGUGAAGUGAGAGACAAUAGGUAGAAAGAGUUGUUGUCAUUUUCUGUAUUGAGUUGUUUUUGUUGUGGGGAUUUUGUUGUAAUCUAUCUAUCUAUCUAUCUAUAACGCUUUUAUAGAAAGAGCAAAAAGUUGCUUUCUUUGGAGUCA